CGGAAGUGGCCGGCUAGAGCCGGGGGCUGGGCGGGGACCGGGCUUGUCCGUGAAGCGGCAGUGGCGGCGGCGGCGGCUCGGCAGGCGGGUUCAGGCUUCGGGGGCCAGCCGCCGCCAUGAUCCUGCUGGAGGUGAACAACCGCAUCAUCGAGGAGACGCUCGCUCUCAAGUUCGAGAACGCGGCCGCCGGGGUUCAGUACUAUCCGUAGUUUUAUUUGUCCACUGGGUGUCUUGGAACAUAUCCCCCACAGAUAAGGGGAGACUACUGGACUACUGUACAUACGUCAUCUCGGUCUUCACACAACCUGGGAGAAACAAACCAGAAGCAGUAGAAGUAACAUUUGCAGAUUUCGAUGGGGUCCUCUAUCAUAUUUCAAAUCCUAAUGGAGAUAAAACAAAAGUGAUGGUCAGUAUUUCUUUGAAAUUCUACAAGGAACUUCAGGCACAUGGUGCUGAUGAGUUAUUAAAGAGGGUGUACGGGAGUUUCUUGGUAAAUCCAGAAUCAGGAUACAAUGUCUCUUUGCUAUACGACCUUGAAAAUCUGCCUGCAUCCAAGGAUUCCAUUGUGCAUCAAGCUGGCAUGUUGAAGCGAAAUUGUUUUGCCUCUGUCUUUGAAAAAUACUUCCAAUUCCAAGAAGAGGGCAAGGAAGGAGAGAACAGGGCAGUUAUCCAUUAUAGGGAUGAUGAGACCAUGUAUGUUGAGUCUAAAAAGGACAGAGUCACGGUAGUCUUCAGCACAGUGUUUAAGGAUGACGACGAUGUGGUCAUUGGAAAGGUGUUCAUGCAGGAGUUCAAAGAAGGACGCAGAGCCAGCCACACAGCCCCACAGGUCCUCUUUAGCCACAGGGAACCUCCUCUGGAGCUGAAAGACACGGACGCCGCUGUGGGUGACAACAUUGGCUACAUCACCUUUGUGCUAUUCCCUCGCCACACCAAUGCCAGUGCUCGAGACAACACCAUCAACCUGAUCCACACAUUCCGGGACUACCUGCACUACCACAUCAAGUGCUCUAAGGCCUAUAUUCACACACGUAUGCGGGCAAAAACAUCUGACUUCCUCAAGGUGCUGAACCGCGCACGCCCAGAUGCCGAGAAAAAAGAAAUGAAAACAAUCACGGGGAAGACGUUUUCAUCCCGCUAAUCUUGGGAAUAAGAGGAGGAAGCGGCUGGCAACUGAAGGCUGGAACACUUGCUACUGGAUAAUCGUAGCUUUUAAUGUUGCACCUCUUCAGGUUCCCAAGGGAUUCUCCGUUUUGGUUCCAUUUUGUACACGUUUGGAAAAUAAUCUGCAGAAACGAGCUGUGCUUGCAAGGACUUCAUAGUUCCCAAGAAUUUAAAAAAAAAAAAAAAGAAUUCCACUUGAUCAACUUAAUUCCUUUUCUUUAUCUUCCCUCCCUCACUUCCCUUUCCUCCCACCCUCUUUUCCAAGCUGUUUCGCUUUGCAAUAUGUUACUGGUAAUGAGUUGCAGGAUAAUGCAAUCUUAACUUGUUUUCUCUUAAGUAUUUGAGUUCAAAACUCCUGUAUCUAAAGAAAUAUGGUUGGGGUCAUUAAUAAAGAAAAUCUUUCUAUCUUA